CACACACAUACUAAGUGAGAAGAAGCUCAGAUCAGAUCAGAGAAGAAUUGAAGAAUAUAUGGCUUGUGUUGCUGUAAAUUCUCUUGUGAGGACCAUUGAGCUUGAGUUCUUGCAACCUCUGCCACGCCCAAUCGUACGACAAAAGCAACUCAUUCCUGCCAAUGAAAAGUUGAUCCAAAAUCUCCACCAGAAGCUUGGUGAUCUGAUAGAGCUGUUCGAUGAGAACAGGAUGGAUGGUAUCCAAGCUAUUAAACACUUGGAAACUAAGCUCAGAGAUGUGGCUUUCCGAGUGGAAGAUGAAAUUGAAUUCCAAAUCGUACAUCUUUAUGAGAUAGAGGAAAAGGAAGAGUUACUUGCAGGAAUAGCAGGUCUUUUUGUGGAAAUACCAGAGAGUAGCAUUGAUGCAGUAGAAGAAGAAGACUUGGAAAAACCACAAGCAGGAGAAGAAAGUGAUGCCCAAAGAAGUUGGCAUUCUUUCAAACUUGGUUGUAUCUUGGAAGAAGCAAUAAGAGACAUUGAUGGCAUCCACAAAGAGUUGUCCAAAGUGAAGAUGGAGUGUGUCGCAGCCGCCUUGCAAGGAAUUGGAAUUGGAAGGAAAACAACUACAGUUCUUGCCGCAGCUGCAGCUUCUACCACAUCUAGUGAUGGGUAUUCCUCCCAUCCCCUUCAGGGCAGCAGCAUAAUGGUGGGGAAAAACAAUGAGUUCCAGAUUGUAAAGGCGAUGCUAAUUCAGAAUUCAUCAAGGCAACGAGAAAUUGUUUCCAUUAAAGGUAUGGGAGGCAUCGGCAAGACAACCUUAGCUAGACGAGUUUAUGAAGAUCCAUCAGUUGCCUCCCGUUUUGACAUCCGAGCUUGGGUUGUUGUCUCACAAUAUCAUAAUAAGUUACAAAUGCUCACAGAUCUUCUAAAAUCAACAGGUUGUGGAGGUAGUGGCACUCAAGAGGGUCAGCUAGCACAACAACUAUACCAAAAUUUGAUGCAUCAAAGGUACUUUGUUGUGAUAGAUGACAUUUGGAGUGUCGAGGCCUGGGAUUCCGUCAAAGCUUGCUUUCCGGAUAAUGGAAAUGGCAGUCGAGUUUUGUUGACUACCCGCUCUGCAGAGGUGGCUACUAUUAUAGGCUCUAACAAUGACUUUUCGCAUCAAAUGCAAUUGUUAGAAGAAGGCGAGAGUUGGAAUCUAUUUCAUGAAAAGACAAGGAAAUAUCCGGGUUCUGAAUUCGAUAUAAUUGGGAGACAAAUAGUUGAAAAAUGCAAAGGAUUGCCUUUGGCAAUUGUUGUUGCUGCAGGUUUAUUUUCCAAACUUCAUACACUAGCUGAGUGGAAGAAUGUUGCAGAAGCUCUAAAUUCAUCUGCAAAAACAACAACAAUUGAUGAAGAAUGCUCGCGGAUACUCUCAUCUAGUUACAAUCACUUGCCUCACAGUUUGAAGGCUUGUUUUUUAUAUUUGAGCGUAUUUCCAGAAGAUGUAGAGAUCCAUGCUAAAAAUGUUGUAAAGUUAUGGGUUGCCGAAGGACUUGUAAAGGCAUCCGACGAUAUGAGCUUCGAUGUGGUGGCAAGAAGGCAUAUUGAAGAACUCAAGGAUAGGAACCUAAUUCUUGAAAGUGAGACAAGUAGUUGUGGAAGAAAAGUAAAGACAUUUAGAAUGCACGACUUAUUGCAUUCUUUUUGUGUGAGGGAAGCUAAAAAGGAGAACCUUCUGCAUGUUGUCUAUAAAAAUGAGUCCAAUUCUCCUCAGAAAGAUUUCCGAUGGGUAAGCAUCCAAUCAGAAUGGUUUAACCAGCAAACAUUAUAUUCUUCUUUAAUAAACUGUCGAUCCAUCUUGGUUUUUUUCCAAAAGUAUAGAUCUCCAAAUUCAAAAAUUUGCCCCCUGUUAAGAGUACUCUAUAAUACUACGGAGCUUGAGAUUGCUUAUCUUUUCCAUUUGAGAUGCGUAUUGUCUAGGGUGGCGGCUUUGACCAUUUUAGAUCCAUUUCAUAGUUGGAAUCUUCAAUCACUUUCAGUUGAUCGUAUUGAUGAAAUGAGCAUUUUAGAGUUUCCACAACUACAACAUCUCAAAAUUAGAAGUAUUCCUAUGGAUUUUCCCAUAUGUUUUCAUCAAAACUUGAAGAGUAUUGGUUUGUUGAGAGUUGAUCACUGCACAAAAGAAUUUUUUACCAGUAUUCCAUACGCAGAGAAGGUAGAGAUCGAUUGUGAAGGAGGAUGGAAUGAUUGCAUGAAUAACAUUGCCUAUUUACACCAACUCCAGAGUCUGUUUCUUCUUGGUUGUGGGUUUCGGAUUCUGAUUCCAAAUAACAACAUUGUUAGCUUGAAAAGUCUUAUACAGUUGAGGAUUUUUUCUAUGAGAUUUAAGGGGAAGACAAUUAAUAUUUUUAGCAAGUUGCCGAAACUUGAGGUGCUACGGCUAAUAAUGUGUGAGUGGAUCGGUAGAGAGUGGGAACUACUCGAAAAUGAGAGUUUUGAUCAGUUAAUUUCUUUGAGUAUUAGUUUUAGUAAACUUGAGCAUUGGGAAGCAAGUGCUUGCCAUUUUCCGAAUCUUGAGCGUCUAGUCCUUGAAUGGUGUGAAGAAUUGGAAAAGAUUCCAGGUGGGUUUGCAGAAAUUCCAAACUUGAAGUCAAUCGAAUUGAAGGAAUGCCGUCAUUCUGCGGUGGAUUCUGCCAAAGAAAUUCAAAGAGAGCAACAUGAGCAAGGAAAUGAUAAUAUGGUUGUCAUUGCGAAACACACAAAAGAGAUGCGGGCGACCAAAAUUGAUCGAUGUGAGUAACAUAUAUACUCAGUGUGGCAUUUGGGCAUUUCAGUGUGGUCUGUGAUAUUUGGGCAUUUGAAUUCUUCCACUAAUAUGCUAUUUAUAUUCAGAAAAUUGUUGAGACUUCAAAUAUAUUAUAUUAUUAUUAUUUUAUUAUUAUUGUAUUUUAGUUGU